GGUACGCAUUGACGAAAUAUCUAAGAUGCAGUGAUAGUGGACAGUGAUUUUUUUAAAAGGAAAACAACAACGGUUAUAAUAAUGGCUACUGUGUCGAGUUUGUUGAAGUCGAUAAAUGCAGUUGGAAGAAAAUGCUUCUUCUUUCAGCAAAAUUUCAGAUUUGUAUCUAUGUUGUCGUCAAGCCAAGUCACGAUGGCGAAACAUUCAGUUGUAGCAUGGAGAAAAUUCGGAUCCAAGGGACCGUUGCAUCAGACACCUGUGCCGUCUGAAGCAGACAAAGCAAUUGUAAAUUAUUUAAAAAGUGAAAUCGAAAGCGAGAUGGAAGCAGAUAUACACAACGUGAAAACAUAUUUCUCUGAUUGGAAAAUCGUAAAGGCAGGCACAGAAAUCACAAUGACCAAAAACUUCCAAUCAGAGAUCAUCACAGUAUUAUUCAAUGUUAAUGACUCUUUAGAGGAUAAUUACGAUGAAUCCGAAGAUGAUAAAUUUGAUGGUCCCCCAAUGUCUUCACGACCAUCAUUCAUGGUGGAAAUAGCAAAACCGAGUGGAAUGAAAAUGAUGAUAGAAUGUGACUGCAUACCAGACCAAGAGCCACUAGAACGUUUUGAUGGGACAAGGGGGAAUGAUGUGUUUGUGAUCACCAGUGUUCAAGUAUAUAAAGGUGAACGUUUGCCAAAAAACUAUGUGUGCCAAGAAUUUGAUUCGGUGCUCUAUGACAAACUUACAAAUGUCCUACAAGAAAGGAAGAUUGACAACAAGUUUGUAGAGGAACUGGUUGAGUUUAGUACAGAUUAUGAGCACCAGCAAUAUGUUGAUUUCUUACAGAAAAUGAAAUCCCAUAUGAGUGAAAACUGAACUUUAUUAACCUGACAUUUAUUACAGUAAUGUAGUACAGUUUAUGGAAUAUUAUGUUAUCAUGUAAUAUGUAUCAUUGUCUGUUUCUGAUCACCAAAUUAAUUCAGAGUCAUACCAAAGGUCCAAUGGACAUCAUCAAUUGUGAAUGUAAAUUGUGACCAAAUAUCCACUUUAUGAAAGUCUUAAACAAUCUAAUGAAAUGUUCCCUGUGUAUCAAAACAAAAGGAAUUUAAUAAGUAUGUUAGACUAUGACCUACUUUUGUUAGUUGGUCCUAUCAAUGGCUAUUGAUUCAAUAAAGAUGUUGAUUUUACCUGA